CUGUAGCCUCACACCCUCUCAGGAGCGCAGAGAGGCGGCGGCGGCGCUGCUGCUGCUGCUCUUGCCGCCGCGAUGCCUUCUGCGGGCUGCUGCGAGGAGGCAGAAGGCGACGGCGCCGCCGCGCCUGGGGAAGGUCCUCCGGCGGCGGCGGCGGCGCCCCCCUCGGCCUCGGAGCGGCCCCGGCUGUGCGGCUACCUGCAGAAGCUGACGGGGAAGGGCCCGCUGCGGGGCUUCCGCAGCCGCUGGUUCGCCUUCGACCCGCGCUGCUGCGCCCUCUACUACUUCAAGGGCUCCCAGGAGGCGGUGCCCCUCGGGCGCCUCGACAUCGCCGGAGCCUCCUUCAGCUACCACCAGCCGGCCGAGGCCCCCGGCGCUGCCGCCGCCGCCGCCGCCGCCCCGGCCUCCGCCUCCUUCUCCGCCGCCUCGUCCUCCUGCUCCUUUUCCGGCGGCGGCGACAGCAGCGGCGGCGGCGGUGUCGGGGAUGUCGAGGCCGCCCUCGGCAGCACAUUCGAGAUCCACAGCCCCGGCGGCGGCGUCACCGUCCUCAAGGCACCAACACACCAGGAUAUGAAGUACUGGCUUCAGGAGCUUCAGCAGAGGAGAUGGGAGUAUUGUAACAGCCAUGAUGCAACUAAGAGAGUCAGUCAAAUUUCACCGACACCAUGUGACUCCUCCAAAGGGCUUGUUGCCAAAGAUAAUACUGAUUGGACCACCAUGUUUUCAAAUGCAUCAGCAGAGAAAGCUAGAAAUGUCCUAAUGGUGGAGGCAGCACGCACAGAACUGGUGGGAGAACAGGCAGCGUGCCAGCCAGCCCCAGGCCAGCCAAGUGCCAUUAACUUUUCUUUGAAGCAACUGGGUACAGAUAUCAAGAACUCUGUGUCUUCACUAAGAACUGGAAAAGGAAGCAAUGAGAACCGUAAGAGUAUUUUUUACACAGAGGAGUGGGAAUUUCUAGAUACGAAGGAUUUGGAGGAGUCGAUAGUUCAAGAUCGGAAGAGGUUUUCAGGGGAGCAGAGCAAAGGCGUGUCUGGUCCAGCCUUUCCAUUUGAUUUUGGCCGCAUUCCACACAGAACAAGGCGUCCUUUAAAGGAAAUGAUUGCAGGCAGCAAAAACCGGAAUAGCACAGAGUCUUCUUCUGAUGAGUGUAAUGGAAACAAGCUGGCUUCCGAGAUGCAGUUGAAGUUCCAGAGCCAACAGGAAGAGUUGGAGAGUCUCGAGAAGGAGCUGUUGAGUCAAAAGGAACUUGUGCGGCUUCUGCAGCAGACUGUCAGAUCUUCACAGUAUGACAAAUAUUUUGUAGGGCAUCUUUGUGAUGGAGUCCCCAAAGAUAAGUUAGAGCUGCUUCAUGAAAAAGACAAUCAGAUAUUGGGUCUCAACAACCAGCUUGAAAAGCUUAAUCUGGAGAAGGACAGUUUGCGGCAGGAAGUAAAGAAUUUGAAAUGCAAGGUGGGCGAGCUGAAUGAGCAGCUGGGCAUGCUUAUGGAGACCAUUCAAGCCAAAGAUGAAGUGAUUAUGAAACUUUCCAGGGAGCUGAGUGAAUGCGAGGGCCAGUCAUCUGGCCAGAGUGGAGGAUCAGUCCAUUCUCCCAUGUCUUCUUCCAUCAACAAAGAACUGCAGGAGCUUGACAGGCUGAAAGAUAGUCUUCAGGGUUAUAAAAACCAGAACAAAUUUUUAAAUAAAGAGAUCCUAGAACUGUCUGCUUUACGGAGAACUGCUGAAAACAGAGAAAGAGACUUGAUGACAAAGUAUACAAGCCUUGAAGCCAAGCUCUGCCAAGUGGAAAGUAAGUAUCUUAUCUUGCUUCAAGAGAUGAAGACCCCAGUUUGCUCAGAGGAGCAGGGUCCUUGUCAUGAUGUGGUGACCCAGCUCCUGGAAGAUGCCUUGAAAGUGGACAGCAGUGAGCACCUGGAGCAGACAUACUUCAAACCUCACAUGGUCAGUGAAUAUGAUAUUUAUGGGUUUCAGACAGUCCCAGAGGACGAUGAGGAAGAGAAGCUGGUAGCGAAGGUUCGGGCCUUGGAUCUGAAAUCCCUUUCCCUUACUGAAAACCAGGAGAUGUCCACAGGGGUGAAGUGGGAGAACUAUCUGGCUAGCACCAUGAACAGGGAGAUGGUGCGUUCUGUGGAACUCAAGAACCUCAUUCGGUAUGGGAUUCCGCAUGCCCACCGCUCCCAGAUGUGGAAAUGGUGCAUUGGCCUUCAUGUAAAGAAGUUCAGAGAACACAUGGACCCGGGCUACUUCCAAUCACUGCUUCAGAAUGCCUUGAAGAAGCAGAACCCGGCUUCAAAGCAGAUAGAGCUAGAUCUUCUGCGGACUUUGCCCAACAACAAGCAUUACUCUUCUCUGACAUCUGAAGGAGUGCAGAAGCUGAGGAAUGUCUUGCUUGCAUUUUCUUGGCGGAACCCAGACAUAGGAUAUUGCCAGGGUCUCAACAGACUGGUGGCAAUUGCGCUUCUCUACUUGGAGCAGGAAGAUGCCUUUUGGUGCCUAGUUACAAUAGUGGAGGUCUUCAUGCCUCGGGACUAUUAUACUAAAACCUUACUAGGCUCCCAGGUUGACCAGAGAGUCUUCAAGGACUUGAUGAGUGAGAAACUCCCUCGGCUGCAUGCCCACUUUGAGCAAUACAGAGUGGACUACUCGCUCAUCACCUUCAACUGGUUCCUUGUUGUGUUUGUAGAUAGUGUGGUCAGCGACAUACUCUUCAAGAUAUGGGACUCUUUUUUGUACGAGGGGCCAAAGGUAAUGUUCCGGUUUGCUUUGGCGCUCUUUAAAUACAAAGAGGAGGAAAUCUUAAAACAGCAAGACUCGAUGUCCAUAUUCAAGUACCUCAGAUACUUCACUCGCACAGUCCUUGAUGCUAGGAAACUCAUCAGUAUUGCUUUUGGGGAUCUGAAUCCCUUUCCAUUGCGCCAGAUAAGAAAUCGGAGGGCCUACCACCUGGAGAAAGUCCGCCUGGAGCUCAUGGAACUUGAAGCCAUUCGGGAAGACUUCUUGCGUGAGCGGGAAACUAACCCAGAUAAAAGGGACCUCAUUAGUGAUGAUGAAGAAGAUGGUUGAGGAACCCCCAGGGGCCAAGACUCUUUCUGGAAGCUUGACCAAAGUUUUGUGGAGUGGCCUCUUCCUUACGGAUCCAGCAAAACUAAGCAACGUCAGCUGGAAAUUUGCAGGACAGAUUUCCAAGUCUUUAGCAUGCCGUUGCAGAAAUCUCCACCCCCCCCCACCAAAAUUUCUCUUUCUGUUUACCUUUUUUGCCAGAGUGUUAAAGAGCACUUUUUCUUGCACCUUGCAUCUCAGCUGCCACUUUCCCCCUUCUUUGAAGGACUCCUUUUUGAAGUGCCUACACGUAGGAAGCAGUAGCACAAAGUCCUUAAUCUUUUUAAUAUCCACCAUCUUACACUUAUUUCCCGGUUGCUUUCCCCACUCUUUCCCCUGCCCCAAAAUCCAUUUGGGAGAAUCACUCCUCAUUAGCCUUGAGUAUAUUGAACUAAGCUGGCAUUUUUCAUUUGCCAACUAGCAUUGGCAGUCCAUCUGUUUGUUUAAAACCAGCCCAAAUAUUGACAGAUCUUCAGCAUAUCUGUGCACGUACUUCAAAACUAUGAAAAUGUGAAGAGGCCUCAUGGGGCCAGUCAAAAGCCUUUCAGUGCUUUUGCCAGGAAGCAAAGUCCUCUGAAGACAUCAUUCCAUUAGUCCUAGUGGCUCUGUUUUUAGCAAGAAGAAUUGCUGAAGUCUGUUUUCACAUAGUGCUAAGUGAGCACCUUGAGAACUAUUAAUAAGGCUGCCUUGGACACCAUUGGUCUAUCUCUCUUUAAGAACUGGAAGGCAAGAAGUAGUUCUGCUGGAAAAGUUUUCUCUGGGUACUACAGGAAUGAAGGAAAUGGUGCUUUCUCGCUUACAUGAUACUCUUAAAGGCAUAGGAGCCCUCUCCAGGAUGGCAGAAGGAUAUGUUGUGUUUUGCCGGCACCUACCUGUUCUGGCCAGGUGAGGGUGCUCUUGCCUGAUGGGCUUCCCCCUCCAUGUAAUCCCAAUGAGCCCUUAGACCUUGGAGAUUUAUAUUGAGAAGCAUUUUUUUUUAAUGAGUGGCAGAUUGCUCAACUAAGCAAGCAUGUUGGUUUGACUUAAUGACCUGUGAAAGUGCUAUAAAUUCACCUGAUUUUUCUGCCACAGAGAGGUUUGGCAUAGAUUAACCCUAGAAGAAUCAAAAAAUGUGAAUUGUGUAUUUGCUUUCUCUUAUGAAAGGUUUAAUUUCUGAUAAUAUUUAAACUUGUUUUUUUUUCUUUUUGCACCUCUGUACUUCUUUCUGUUGCACAUUUUUAGGUGCUUGGCUCCUGUCAUUUUGCUGAAACUUAACGCCAGUGAAAUUACAGGUGGAUUCCUUCUAUUGUAUUAUUCUGACCUUUGCAGAAAUAUGUGUUAUCUUAGAUACAGUUGAUGAACCUGGAGAAAAUGAAGGCAGACGGUUCAUUACUUUGAGGGAUGGGUGUUCUUUUUCAUUAUUAAAGAUGACUGUGCUGAGA